AUGUCAUUUAUUACUACACCCCAUGCACUGGCAGCAGUAGAUCGUUUUAAAUGUACUCUGUGUCAUAGAGAAGAGAGUGUCCGUCAACCCACACAAGUGCCUAUAUCGCUAGUGCGCAACGAUGGCAUUAUCUAUGCCACCGGUCUAACAUUUACCUAUACACCCGAACCGGGACCAAGACCACACUGUACUCAAGCCGAAGAUGUAAUGCGAACAAGACUUAAUAACAAUAAUCUAACGAGUAUGAGUAACAAUAAUAACAAUAAUGUGGGAUCACCCAGUGAUGGUUCGCAAGGCGGACUCAAUGCCAAUCACAUGCAUCAACAGCAGCAGCAGCAACAACAACAACAGCAAACCUUACCCUCAAUGUCAGAAGUGCAAUGGAAUACUCAUGUCGCCCAAAAAUCAUACGGUAAUGAGAAACGUUUCUUCUGUCCACCUCCCUGCAUUUAUCUCUUUGGCAGUGGUUGGCGUCGUCGUUACGAGGAAAUGCUGCAAAAAGGUGAAGGCGAACAGGGUGCGCAACUAUGUGCCUUUAUAGGCAUUGGAAGUGCUGAUCAGGACAUGCAACAGCUCGAUCUAAAUGGCAAGCAAUAUUGUGCUGCCAAAACACUUUUCAUAUCUGAUUCCGACAAACGUAAACAUUUCAUGCUGUCCGUUAAAAUGUUCUAUGGCAAUGGUCAUGAUAUUGGUGUUUUCAAUUCCAAACGGAUUAAAGUCAUCUCGAAACCUUCGAAAAAGAAACAGUCACUUAAAAACGCCGAUCUCUGUAUAGCCAGUGGCACAAAUGUUGCACUUUUUAAUCGUUUACGUUCACAAACUGUCUCUACCCGUUACCUGCAUGUUGAGAAUGGUCAUUUCCAUGCCUCCUCGACACAGUGGGGAGCCUUUACCAUUCACCUGCUCGAUGAUAAUGAAUCAGAAUCGGAAGAGUUUCAAGUACGUGAUGGUUAUAUACAUUAUGGUGCCACGGUGAAACUGGUGUGUUCGGUUUCGGGUAUGGCUUUACCACGUUUGAUUAUACGCAAAGUAGACAAACAAAUGGCUCUGUUAGAGGCUGAUGAUCCGGUUUCACAACUACAUAAGUGUGCAUUUUAUAUGAAGGACACCGAUCGCAUGUAUUUGUGUUUGUCACAAGAGAAAAUCAUACAGUUUCAAGCUACACCAUGUCCGAAGGAACCAAAUAAGGAGAUGAUUAAUGAUGGAGCCUGUUGGACGAUUAUCUCAACGGAUAAGGCGGAAUAUCAGUUUUAUGAAGGCAUGGGACCAGUAUCUUCCCCCGUUACUCCCGUACCCAUAGUUAAUUCUUUGAAUCUCAAUGGCGGUGGUGAUGUUGCCAUGUUAGAAUUAAGUGGCGAUAAUUUUACACCCCAUUUACAGGUGUGGUUCGGUGAUGUGGAAGCCGAAACUAUGUAUCGUUGUACCGAAACGCUGCUGUGUGUUGUACCCGAAAUAUCACAAUUUAGAGGUGAAUGGUUGUGGAUGGAGCUUAACCAAAACCAUUAUUGUUCUUCCUACGUACCAAACACAUCGUUCUAG